GCCACACAAGUUGGAGCACGCGCUGAUCCAGAGAGAAGCAGCAGACGUCAGAGGAACUCAGACGGAGAAACAUGGCGCAGAGUUGGAGAGCUGUCUCUGGGCUACACAGGUAAACAACCGCUGACACGGACUCUGCGUCUCUCUGGAAGUCAGUGACGGAUUACCCUGUGCCUGCCGACCGCCUGCCCGACAACACUUACCCACAUAUCUCCCUUCCCUGCCCCUUCUGGGACCGGACGGACGCGGGAGAGACGAGGCGGUGGAGCAGAGUUGACAGCCACCGUUCACCUGAAUUGUGCGACCACAGAAUGUGUGCCGACCAUUUUAUCUAACUGAGGUUAAAUUGCGCGGUGUGGGAGCUUGUUAUCGACCCCCACCGAGCCGGGGCUAUUUCCUCCUGCACUCAGAGCUGUUAGCCGGUCGAUAGCAACACAACAUGGUUCGGUGAACUGUUGCUCCUGUAACACCAGCUUUGCGAACAGUGUCCGUGUACAUUUGACCGUCUCUGCGUCACAUGCCUGGUUUGUUUUGACACAAGCGUUAGCCACAUAGCAUAAUGUCCGACAACCAGAGCUGGAACUCCUACGGCUCCGAGGAGGAUUUAGAGCCCAGAGAGGAGCCUGCACAUCCUGUUGGGAACGGCCGGUUCAGCGGAGUCCUCAGUAAGUGGACAAACUACAUCCAUGGCUGGCAGGACCGUUGGGUGGUGCUGAAAAACAACACACUGAGCUACUACAAGUCCCAGGAUGAGACCGAGUACGGCUGUCGAGGUUCCCUCUGCCUUAGUAAAGCUGUUAUUACUCCUCAUGAGUUUGAUGAGUGCCGGUUGGACAUCAGUGUGAACGACAGUGUGUGGUACCUGAGAGCACAAGACCCAGAGCACAGAUACCAGUGGAUUGACUCCAUUGAGCUGCACAGGAGUAUCACAGAGAGAACAUCAGACAGGGGAGGAGUCCAGGGAACAAUAAUCAUCCCUCCACUACUGGUUGACUGUGGUUAUGGCUCAGAGUCCAGUCUGCGGAGACGUGGCUCCAUGCUGUCUCUCACGUCAGCCACCAGCGGCUUCUCUGCCACCUCCACAUCCUCCUUCAAGAAGGGUCACAGCCUGAAAGAGAAGCUGGCAGAGAUGGAGACCUUCAAAGAUAUUUUGUGCAGGCAGGUGGACACGCUUCAGAAAUACUUUGACAGCUGUUCAGAUGCCGAGUCCAAGGAUGAGCUGCAGAGGGACAAAAUCGUGGAGGAUGAUGAAGAUGACUUCCCCAACACCCGCACAGAUGGAGAGUUUCUGCACAACAACAAUGGCAGCAAAGAAAAAUUGUUCCAGGCUUUGAGUCCCAAGGGAAUCAAUGGCAUAGACUUCAAGGGGGAAGCCAUCACAUUCAAGGCCACCACAGCCGGGAUCCUGGCCACUCUGUCCCACUGCAUCGACCUGAUGGUGAAGAGAGAGGACAGCUGGCAAAAGAGAGUGGAUAAGGAGAUGGAGAAAAGGCGAAGAAUAGAGGACAGCUACAAAUCAGCCCUCAAGGAAUUGAAGAAAAAGUCUCACUUUGGAGGUCCCGAUUAUGAGGAGGGUCCAAACAGCCUCAUUAAUGAGGAUGAGUUCUUUGAUGCAGUUGAGGCCGCUCUUGACAGACAAGACAAAAUUGAGGAGCAGUGCCAGACUGAAAAGACAAGGAUACAGAGAUCCAGCCCUGUUCCCCUCGCAGACGUCUACUCCAGCACUGGCUCACACAGAUUCUCUAAUAAGCCUCAUAGUCAGCCCCCCCCUACUCUGAUAGUCAGGGCCGCUCCUCACGAUGUCCACAGAUUCAGUGCAGAGGUGGAGGAGAUGGUGCAGAGUCACAUGACCUACUCCCUGCAGGAUGUCGGUGGAGAGGCCAACUGGCAGCUGGUUGUGGAAGAGGGAGAAAUGAAGGUGUACAGGAGAGAGGUGGAAGAAAAUGGGAUCGUUUUGGACCCUCUGAAGGCCACUCACUCAGUAAAGGGGGUGACUGGUCAUGAGCUCUGCCACUACUUUUGGGACACCUCCUAUCGCAACGACUGGGAGACCACGAUUGAAAACUUCAAUGUUGUGGAGACGUUGUCGGAAAACGCAGCAAUUGUCUAUCAAACGCACAAGCGGGUGUGGCCUGCGUCUCAGAGGGACGUUCUGUACCUUUCCGCCAUGAGAAAGAUCUUAGCCAACAACGAGAACGACCCCGACACCUGGCUGGUCUGCAACUUCUCUGUGGAUCAUGACGAUGCUCAGCCGACCAACAAGUGUGUCCGCGCCAAAAUCAACAUCGCCCUGAUCUGUCAGACCCUGGUCAGUCCACCAGAGGGAGACAAAGAGAUCAGCAGAGACAACAUCCUGUGCAAAAUCACAUACUUCGCUAAUGUAAAUCCAGGAGGCUGGGCUCCUGCCUCCGUGCUCAGGGCCGUGGCUAAGAGAGAGUACCCCAAGUUCCUCAAGCGCUUCACCUCCUACGUCCAGGAGAAAACAUCCAGCAAACCCAUCUUAUUCUGAAGCGCACAGAGACACGAGGACAGGACUCCCCUUGAUUCCCUGCUGCGAUGAAGACACAAGUUCCCAAGAGGGAUUUUUUCCUCCUCAUCAGUUAUUCCAAAAAAUGUUGUGCCACCAAAAUGAAUGCUAAUAAUUUCAAGAGCGCUUAAUAUUUGUUUUUAUUCCUCUUCAUUGUGGUUUAAUGGAUUAAAAGAUUAAACUGCAGCUUUUCAGAAGGCAUGAGAAAGUGCACCGAGCCUGUUACCAACAACCCCCCCCCCCCGAGGUGGUUGCAGCAGACACCACAUCACACCAUGUUUCCUGGUCCUGUAGAGAACUGACUGUCAGUGCAGCCACCAAGUCAGUCUGCGUCUCUGACAAGUAUAUUAAUAUAUCAAUGUACGUAUGUUCAAUAAGAAGUUUGUAAAAAGGAAAUUGUAGAUCUUUACUCGCAGACUGUAAUAUUUAGUUCAUAUUAUGCUUGUUUUUGCUGAAGUCAUUUCCCAGCAUUCUUUGAAAGCUGCUAACUUUAUCGAGUUAAAACAUGAUUGAUUUGAGAUGAUCAUCUUUUCUGUAUUGAGUCCAGAGGGCUGUCAUGAACCCGUGACCCCUAUGAAGUAAGACUUGAACUUUUUGACUUCGUCUCUCUCAUGAAAAACGCCUCACGUCGGUGCUGAUGGAGAGACGGGCCGAAGAGUUUCUAUUUAUUUAAAUGCACAAAAGAGAGUUCGUCUACAUCGUUAGCCCGGCUUUAUUUCUGUGUCAUUGUUGAUAUGUUCCAGUUUCGUAGCAUAUCCUGUAUUUUGAAUGUUAAAUGAAAUGUAAAUAGUGUCACUAACAUUUUCAGCGAAGGUCCUCCAAGCGUUUUUAUGAGAGUCGAGCCCAAAUGCCUUAGUGUUACAGGAAGAUGUAGCUUCAGUUGGGUGUCAGGGUGCGGUUAGUGCACCCGGUAAAUCACUAGUGAAGUGCCUCAUGGCUUAUUUCCCUAUAUUAUUGUCCUUCUCCAUUUGGAGACUGUUUCAAAUGUGUCCUGCGAGUCAUUUGCUGAGAGCUAGCGGGAUGUUUUAGGUCUAGUGUCAGAAAAGCAACAUUUCAGUUCAUAUUCUUGCUGUUUCUUACAUGUGCUGCGUACUGACAUGACAACCGCUCAUAGUCAGGUUGGGUCGAUGUGUCGUGUAUUUUCUGUCCAAGACUGUUGAUAAUACACGUGCAAAGCUAAAAAGUCCAAAGUACCUGAGUUGAUUUUUACAGGAACUUCUUCCAUGAUGACUUUUGGUUUUAAGUUUUGAUCGCGUUCCCUUAUUUUCCAGACUUUUCAAAGUAAAACUUUCUCAGCUCUUGUACCAUUUCAACUUGUGGACAUCCAACGUCUUGGGUCAUAUCACUGAUGUUAAUGUGCAGCCGUGUUUAUCAGUCUUCAGUCUUUUUGAUUUUAGAGCUUGUAGCUGACUGAUGUGGGUGAGAGAACAAGUGAAGCCAGAUGACACUCAGCCUUUCAGCAGAGUGGGAAGACGCCACACUGAAGCUCUCUCACCUGAAGCCAGACAUUUCUAAAACAAGUUUAGUUCUUCACAGGUUGAAUGUGAUUAGAGAAACAUUUUUGUAAAUUAUUUGUUCAUACUAAUGCUGUGGGAUCAACUUACAAAAUGUACUGUGACAACGUGGCACUUGUGCCCUGUUUUAAAAGUGAAAUAAAUAAGUUUAUCCUUC